GUCGAGAUGAUACCAAACUUGCCAUCACGGAGCAGUAUUUGAAGGCCAACAACCUCUUCCGAAACUUCAAUGAUAGCAACCAGGAUCCAGUCUUUUCUGAGAUAGUGGAGCUGGACUUGUCCACGGUGGUACCUUGCUGCUCUGGCCCUAAGCGACCCCAUGACCGUGUGCCAGUCUCAGAGAUGAAGGAGGACUUCCACAAGUGUCUCAUCAACAAAGUCGGCUUCAAGGGCUAUGCGGUCCCCACAGAGAAGUUGAGCACCAAGGUUCCCUUUGUCUUUGAAGGCCAGGAGUAUGUACUGCAGCAUGGCAGUGUGGUCAUCGCAGCCAUCACCAGCUGUACCAACACCAGCAACCCCUCGGUCAUGCUGGCAGCAGGUCUGCUGGCCAAGAAUGCUGUGGAAGCUGGCCUGUCUGUACAACCUUACAUCAAGACAUCCUUGUCACCAGGCAGCGGAGUGGUCACCUAUUACCUCCGUGAGAGUGGGGUCACUCCCUUUCUGGAAAAACUGGGCUUCAACAUUGUGGGCUAUGGUUGUAUGACUUGUAUUGGUAACAGCGGGCCAUUGCCUGAUGAAGUGGGACAGGCUAUUGAGAAGGGUGAACUGGUAGCCUGUGGUGUCCUGUCUGGCAACCGAAACUUUGAGGGUCGCAUUCAUCCACUGACCAGAGCUAACUACCUGGCCUCCCCACCUCUAGUCAUUGCCUACGCUCUGGCAGGAACAGUGGACAUCGACUUUGACAAAGAUCCACUAGGCACUCGUUCAGAUGGAUCUCCUGUCUUCCUACGGGAUAUUUGGCCCAAACGGGAUCUAGUUCAGGCAGUGGAGAAAGAGUUUGUGGUUCCAGCCAUGUUCCAAGAUGUGUACUCACGUAUUUCUGAUGGCAAUAAGAGGUGGAACGAGCUAGAAGCGCCCUCCAGCCAUUUGUACCCCUGGGAUGAGAAAUCUACCUACAUUAAGUCUCCUCCUUUCUUUGAUGACAUGGAGCUUGAGUUGACUGGUGUCAAACCGAUCAUCAAAGCUGCAGUCCUGCUGUACCUGGGAGACUCGGUGACUACGGAUCAUAUAUCUCCUGCUGGAAGUAUCGCCAGGAACAGCCCAGCAGCCAGGUUUCUGGCUGCUCGCGGACUAGUUCCUCGAGAGUUCAACUCUUAUGGGUCUCGCAGAGGACACGAUGAAGUGAUGGCCCGCAGUACUUUUGCAAAUAUUCAUCUCAUUAACAAGUUUGUGAAGAAGCCAGGACCAAGAACUAUUUAUCACCCAAGUGGUGAGGAGAUGGACAUCUUUGAUGCUGCCCAGCUAUAUAAAAAUGACCAGCGCCCACUGGUGAUCCUAGCUGGCAAGGAGUAUGGCUCAGGCUCUUCUCGUGACUGGGCAGCCAAGGGCCCCUGGAUGUUGGGUGUCCGUGCUGUAAUUGCUGAAAGUUUUGAGCGAAUCCAUCGCAGCAACCUGGUGGGCAUGGGUUUGAUACCCCUGCAGUUCCUGGAGGGACAGAAUGCGGAAAGUCUGGGUCUGACAGGACAAGAAAGUUUCACCAUUGUCCUCCCUGAUGACCUGCAGCCAGGCCAGCUGGUCACCGUUGAGCUGGACAAUGGGCUGAAUUUUCAAGCCAAACUGCGCUUUGACACAGAGGUGGAUCUCACCUACUUUAGACAUGGAGGCAUCUUGAACUACAUGGUCCGGAGAACUCUAGGAGUCUGCUAA